AUGAGUGACGUGAAUAAGAGAAAGAGUGAGCCGUCAAAUGAUGUUGAAUCAAAGAGACAGAAACUAGAGGAUCCAAAGUUUAUCUUACCAAAACAAGUCAAUACCAAUCCUGCUACAUUACCAGAAAGAAAGAAGAAUAUAGAAUUGAUUGUGGGUAUAUUACUUAAGAAAACCCCUGGACUUCAAACACCAAAACUUCGAGCUAUUGAAAUUGAAUAUGAGAUAGCUAAAAAAUCAUCUAAUUCAACUUACAAAAAUCAAAUUAGACAAGGUAUUUAUAGACUACAACAUCCUCCAAAGGCUAAACCUUCAGGACCAUCCAAAGAAGAACUAGAAGCUCAGGAGUAUAAAAUACUUAAAGAAUGGGUAAUUGAUAAAGAUACUUUAGUCAAGUAUGGAUAUACUAUGGAUAUACCUGAAUCUAUACCGAAUGACAAAAUAACAAGGGUUUGCUCUCGAUGUGGUACUGAAUUUAGGUUAUCACAACAAUUAGAACCAACUACGUGUGAAUAUCAUCAUGGUAAGAAACAAAAGGGCAAAUUUUUAUGUUGUAUGACCAGUGAUGUUGGUGUACCAUGUAUGAAAUCUAAAUUUCAUGUGUAUCUACUACAAAAUCCAGAAGAGAAACAAGCAUUACAAACAUAUAAAUAUACUAAAGAUGUAUUUAAAAAACCAUCAAAAUCAAAAGUCAUUGGAUUAGAUUGUGAGAUGGUUUUUACAACAAAAGGAUUUGAAUUAGCUAGAAUUACCGUAAUUGAUUAUUUUACAAGAAAAGAAGUUUCAGACAUAUUUGUUAAACCAUUUGGUGAAGUGGUUGAUUUUAAUACUAGAUAUUCAGGUAUUCAUGAAUUGGAUGGAAAUUUCUUACCUUGGGAUCAAGCAAUGGCUAAACUUGGAGAAUCAAUGGAUAGUCAAACCAUAGUCUUGGUACAUGGUGGUGAUAAUGAUUUCCAUGCUAUACGAGCAAUUCAUGAAAAUAUAAUUGAUACUUCAAUACUAUUCCCAACAAAACAUGAAACAGGUCCAUGGAGAAGAUGGAGUUUAAAAGACUUGACAUUUAAAUACUUGAGUAAAGAGAUUCAAAAAGGAGAACAUGAUAGUACCGAGGAUGCUCUUGCUACUGCAGAUAUUGUCAGGUAUUUUGUCAGGAAAGAAUUACAACGUAGAAAGGCAAUGAAAUGA